UCAAACAAGGAUCCCCAUUGAACCCGAUGUUAUUCAACAUCUACAUGGCAGGACUAGAAGAAGAAUUAAGGAAAGGACAAGCCGGGGGCAUAGUGGUAGGAUAAAGAAAGGUAUGGUUAUUGACAUACACAGAUGAUAUUGUGCUGAUGGCGGAUAGAGAAGAGGAGCUGAAGGAGAUAUUGAAGAGACUCAAAAAAUUUUUGGAGGAAGCCGAUUUGGAGCUGAGCACGGAAAAGACUAAAAUAGUAGUCUUUGAAAAAAGAAGGAGCAAAUGGAGGCAAAAAAAAUGAAAGUGGGGGAAGCAAGAAUUAGAAGAGGUGGACAAGAUAAGAUACCUAGGGUAUAUACUGCAGAAAAACGGAAGUGAUGAGAAGCGCAUACAAGACAGGAAAAAGAGAGCAACAAUUGCAAUGAAGAAAACAUGGAGCGUGGGAGAAAGAAUAUUCAAACAGGACUACAAAAGGGGAAUGAAGAUGUUUGGAGCACUGGUAGAGAGCGUGGCGCUGUUUGGAGCAAAGGUAUGGGGAUGGAACAUGGAAGAAAGACUGGACAGAGUUCAAAGGGGAUAUGUGAAAUGGAUAUUAGGCUUAGAUAUGACAACACCAAACUAUAUACUGGUAGAGGUAUGCAAAUUAAUAGAAAUGAAAGAGAAAGCAUUAAAAAGAGCAGCAAGGUAUGAAGAGAAAGCCCUAGAAUCAAAAAAGGAAUUAGUGAAGGAGUGCAUAAAGGAAAGAGAGAGAGAAUGGGGGAAUGGUCAGGAAGGGAAAAGAGCAAGAAAGAGAAAGAAGGGACUAGAAGAGCUAAGAAAAGGAGGGACGCAGAUAGAAACAAGAGAGGAGUAAGAAAGGAUGACAGUAGACCAAAUUAUAGAAGAAAGAAGAAAAAGAGAAACAGAAAAGAGGGGGAAAAGGAUAAGGGAAUCCAAGUAUAACAUACACUACAGAAACAUAGCCAAAGAGAAAUUACCAAAGUACUUAGAAGGGAGGAUGAAGUGGAA